GUGGCAUAGCUCAGGUGAGUGAAGAAGAAAAUCUCGAACAGGAAGUAGGUGGAUUGUGUUUUUGUGGCGUUAACGAAAACAAAGGCAAAGGAAGAUGCCGGAGAGUGGAAGACACCAUCAAAGGAGUGAUGUGUCUGCACAGUACAAGAGCAGGGAUUAUUCUCACAGUGGAGGAGACUCUGUACACCAUAGCCAAAGCCGCAACCAAAGACCAAGACAUGUGAAAGAGAUGAGUUCUGCUGGUGAGAGGAGGGUCAAAGAAAACAGACACAGAGAGACGAGAAGUGCCCCUCAAAAAGAGCCACGUGCUUACAGAGGUCAUGGCCACGAAGAACCCUCAAAACUGUACAGGGGAACAUCAGAGUAUCACUCUGGAAGAGAGUAUUAUGAGCAACAACACAGGCAGGCCCUGUACAAUCUCAGAUACAUCUUCACUGCCAGAGGUCUCUGCCAGCUCAUGGCGUUCUCUGCAAAUCUGCUGCUAAUAAUCUGUGCCGGAGUGCCAUACAGCAACAACGGGGGUUACCGUGACCUGGCCAGCCUUGGCGGAAUCUACUACUAUCAGUUUGGAGGUGCCAAUGCCUUCACUGGGGCCGAGGCAGACAGGGUGAAAGAGCUAGAUCAACUGUUCCAUCAGCUCAAACGCCCUCCGUACAUUUUCACAAUGGUCGUUGGUGGGGUUUUAAUGAUCUACUCCUGUGCCAUGUUUGCCCUGGGAAUUUUCAGAGUGCCUUACCGCUGGCCCCCCGUACUGCUGGCGGAGGCUGUGCUGAAUUUUCUGAUAGGCUUGGGUUAUAUCCCUAUGCUUGCAUUCUACUUUAUUAAACUACAGGAAACUUACAACGAUCCCAUCUGUAAGGAGAGAGAACAAAUGUACAAAAGCAAAGGGCACAAGGGCUUUGAGUGUCAGUUCAAUGGUGCAGAUAUCUCCGGAGGACUCUUUGGAGUGGUGGGGGUGUUUGUUUUCAUUUUUGGUGCAGUGUUAGCUGUCAGAGCUUUCAGGUCAGUGCGAGAACUUAAGAAGCAAAAUACAAAUGAGGACAAUAAUUUUUAAAGUGUCUUUUAAUGCCUUUGAACAAAAGACGAACUAAGUAAAAAUCCCUGAUGAGAAGUUUUUUUUCUUUGACUCUUAUUGUUACCUCUGUAUGAACUUGUAAUCCAUUUUAAAACUUUUUUUAUUUAACAUAUUAGAAUGCUUUUAUUUUCCUGAUAUUUCUUCCUUUUACAUACGUUUUUAUCAUGUCAUAUUUUCUAUGAAUGUUAAGUCAUAAUAAACUACUGCAACUGUG